CGUUCACCGUUUCUGCUUUUUCAUUGCCGAUUUUUUGGGUUUUAUUAGUGAAUAGAUUUGGGGGGGCAACUUAGGAUAAAAAAAAAAGCUUAUUAAAGCUUGUUAGAAUACAAAAUAACAGUAGUUAAUUUGUUAAUUAGCAGUUAGGUGUUAUCGUUUGUUAAUCUGGUAGCAGCAGUUGUAAAAGCUAACUCAUGUUCUAUAAAUGUACGAUAGGAGAAGAAGAGAGGGUACCAGUUUUCUUGAUUAAAUAUAGAAUAAUCUUGUUUUCAUUAAGUGGUUCUUAACAUGGUAUCAGUCGUCAUGGUCCUGGGGUUCUGUUUUUUUUUUCAAUUUCUUUCUUUUGAUUUCUCUUCUCGCUUCCAUAACUACUUUUACUGAGGCUUCUUUUGGUUUGUCAUUGCAUACCAGUGAGGUCAAGUUGGGGGGAAAAAAUGGUAGUAGCCUCACUGGUCAGCCGUUUGGUUCAGCAUGUCAGUCCGGUGAGAAGUCAUCUCCACCACGCUGGUCAGCCCCAAAUCAACUGGAGAUUUUUGGUCCAGUAAAAAUUUAGCAACUUCAGUUGCUUUUUCUUUUCCUCUUUUACCCAUAUAUUAUUUCUUUUGUUUCUUCUGUUUGAUAACUUGUAAAAGCUUACGGCUUUUCUGAUGUUUGGUUACCCUUCUUCUCCCUUUUCCCCUUCCCCUUGGGUUGCAAAUCAAUUUGGUCAAGGACCUCUUCCGGUUCCUCCUUCAUCCAGAUAAGGCUCCUUCUCCUUCUUCCGUUCUUCAUUCCUUUUUCUUCUUCCAUUCUUCAUCUUCUCUUCUCAGCAUUAGAUUUACAGUUAAGAUCAGUGCAUGAAAAGGAUCUCAACAUGCUUCAAGAUUUAAAUCAUUUCAAAGAACCAAAUGGUAGAUAGGUGGAAUCUUUGGCCUAUAUUGAAUGGAGACGGAACAUUUAUCUUUGAACUGUCACCAAAUAGUAUAUGAAAAUGCAGUCUUGAAUUAGAUAAUUCACACAUGCUAAUAUGAGACUUCUUCAGUAUGAUGGCCAGAAUGUUCGGAAUUGUUUAAUUCAAGAAGAAAAAUGAGGGCCUGGGAUGCAUUACUAGUUCUCUAAAGAAUCAUUUCAAUUUAUACUUCCCUUUUCAUUGUGCUUCGACUAUACUAUAUUCUACUGCUGCACAUAGAUUGGAACCUUUCCAUACAAAUUUUAAUGUUGCUUCUUACGUGCAAAAACAGUUAGAUUAUGUAUUCUUGUACCUUUUGUCUUGUUUUUCUUUUCCCCUCUUAAAUUUGGCUGCUUGCCUCUUUAAUCAUUACCAAAAAAGAUAAUUUUAUAUCAUCUAUGGUUGUUGAGAUAGUAGAAAAGAUAAACCUUUUACUUUCUGCAUAACUCAUGGAACACUAGGUGUAUUGGAGGCAGGGAUUGGGUGCCCUGAGCUAGAAACCUUGGCUCUUACUAGUUACUGCUACCCUGCUAUGUUUGUAGGGUCUCAAAUUUACAGCCUAUUUUAUGGUCUACAUUUCUGUAUUCUCAUUUUCUUCGAAGGAAUAGGCUUGUAAUUCUUUGUUUCUUUAUCAUAAUAGUUGUUGUUUUGAGUAAAUGGAAUAUUUUAUUUCAUUGUAUAUACGAUAUCUUUCCAUUUUAAUCUUUAAGGUGAUACAAUUAUGCUUGUUGACUUCUUGUUACAUGCUUUCAUGUUAGAAGGGUUAAACUUUAUAGCAAUAUUCAUUGUUGCAAAACUAACAGUUUUGGCCUUAAAAACCAUUGGCAUGGUGUCAUUCUACUCUUAAUGUCCCUGGUUAUGCUGUAAACUUGAAGGAGAUCGGUUUCUGCAUAUUAUGCUAAAAGGAAAUGAAAUUGCUUGAAAAUUUGUACAACAUUCGUAAAAAAGAAAACAAAAAAAAGCUUGUUUAUGAAGGCUUUCUAUUAUCUACCACAUGAUUUGGCAUAUCUAAGGACACACGUUGAUAGAGAUACAUGUAAUGGAAAAUCCAAUCGAGUUGUAAUUCUUUCUCCAGAUCUCUGAGGCUCCCUUGCUCAGACCUGGUCAAAUGAUGCAAAUCCGAAAUCAUCCACCGGUACAAAAGUCUACGCGCUACAAGGAUUUCCACCAAGAGCAGAAGAGAGCAGUGAUGAUAACAUGGUGUUUUGGUGGCAAGCGAGUAGUUAUUACUGGAUCAUGGGACAAUUGGAAGACCAUAGAACCCUUGCACUCUUUGGGUAAAGAUUUCAUUAUCAUGAAGAUGCUCCCAUUUGGUGUUUACCACUACCAAUUCAUUGUAGAUGAGCUAAGGAGAUAUGCUCCAAACUUACCAUGCGAAUUUGAUGAGUCUGGGAAUGCUUAUAACAUUUUGGAUUUGCAGGAAACCAGCAGUAAACCAGCAUGCAGACCAGCAUCCUAGCUGAACCAGAUAAGCAGCAGCAUUUUGUUUAUUUUGUUCAUUUGUAACUUGAUUUAGUUGCAAUGUAAUUUAUACUUAAAGUUAGCAGGAGUAGUUGUCGAUUUAUGUUUGAUGUUAUAGCUGGUAUGUCAGCUACAUUUUGUUUGUAAUUCUAUCUAGGCUUUGGGAGUAGUUAUACAUUAGUUAACUGCCAUAUUUCAUUGUAACAUAAAUGCUUCUCAAGUCAACGAAAAAGAUCUAAUUUUUUGAAAUCAAA